AUGGCUCGAAGGGUUAGAGAAAAGUCAACAAGGAUGCAUGGCCUCCUGAGAACCAAUGAUGCUGCUACUCAUCAUCAUCAUCAUCAUGCAUUUGCGGAAAGAUAUCCAUACACUUAUUUUCCUUAUGAGCUUUCAAGAAAUCUUGCAUCACAUCUACAACUCUCCAUGAAUCUGUUUCAUCAAUUCAAGAUAAAUGAAGAUAAACGAGAUCAGCGGGUGGAGUUUUACAAUUUUCUCCCUGUAAAUACGGACUCUAACGGGAGUGAAGUAAUCGAUCAUGCAAAAAAAGAAGAGGUCGAGGUGGAGCAAGAAGCACCCGAACAAAAAAGGAGAGACAUUCACGUUGUACCAUUCAUAGAUUUCUUAUCAGUCGAUAAAAGUUCAUCAAGACACUAAUCAGGAUGGUUAACCACGAUGUUCAGUUCAUGACUCACAUAGUUUAUGUAUCAUAAAAGAAUAUACGUUCGAUAUUCUAGGAGACGAUACUUUACAUGUAUUCUUAGAUUAUCAUUAAGCUCUCUUGAAAUCAAUAGACAAGAGAGCUAGCAAUGUAUGCAUUGACUUCCAACAACACAAAAGAUUAUUACAAGUUGUAACAUAUAUAUACUGCAUUAUGGACUAAAC